GAAAACUGGAAGGUUGCCCAGGUAAUGGUAGCGGGCUGGUGGGGCACGCGACCAGUAGUCUACGCACUUGCAGCGUGCGGGCAUACACCCGACCAAUGUUACAAAGACUGGCAGCGGGUGGGACCACACACUGCUACUACUCUACUAUGAGACAGGCAAUGGUACAAACUACACAACCUUUUUCAUGAGUGGACACAAGUGUGGUUUAGCAUGUUCCUGCAUCCACUUUUCCAAUCGAUCACAUAGUACUUGCACGGAGACAUUGACUUUCAACAAAUUUUACGGGUGAAUCCACCUUAUAGCAAAAGGGGAAAAAUCCACCUUGGGAUAGAAUCACCCCGUCCUGAUCUGACGGCUCACAGAAGUCCGCCAACGGUGAAAAUGAUCAUGUAGCUCUGUUCUAGCCACCCGGCCGAAGUUUAUAAAUGGACCCAAGGCGCCGCACUGUCCACAAGCUCGCAGGGCAGUCUUCUCCUUCCUUCCUCAGCACAGUUGAGACUCGCAGCGCAACCAUGGGAACGGGCCGCGUUGCGCUCCAGCACCUACUCAUCCUCUCCGCCGUGCUCAUCCUUGGCACGCCCUCGGAAGGUCUGGUCCGCAUCCCGCUGAAGAAGCUACCGUUGGUCCACGAGAACAGCCUCGUCGCCGGAGAGGAUGCUCAGAGCCUCCUCGCACAGCGCCACGGUCUCGUCUUUAACAAGGAGCCACAGCCGCAGCCAAAGAGUGAUAUUGUUAUAUUGAAGAACUACUUGAACGCUCAGUACUACGGUGAGGUCGGCAUCGGAACACCGUCGCAGAACUUCACCGUCAUCUUCGACACUGGCAGCUCCAACCUCUGGGUGCCCUCCUCCAAGUGCUACUUCUCGAUUGCAUGCUACUUGCACAAGAGCUACAGGGCCAGACGGUCGAGCACGUACAAGAAGAAAGGAAAAUGGGUAUCAAUUCAUUACGGAACUGGUGCAAUUGUUGGCUAUAUUAGCCAAGACAGUGUGCAAGUUGGUGGUGUAGUUGUGAAAAAUCAGGAUUUUAUUGAAGCUGCCUUGGAACCAAGUAUUUCUUUCAUGCUUGGAAAAUUCGACGGUAUUCUUGGUCUUGGGUUUAAAGAAAUCUCGGCCGGCGGUGCUGAACCUGUGUGGUAUAACAUGGUUAGCCAAGGUCUGGUUGGUAGCCCUGUUUUCUCAUUCUGGUUCAACCGACAUGCUGGUGAAGGGAAGGGAGGAGAAAUAGUUUUUGGAGGAGUCGAUCCUAAUCAUCACAAGGGAAGUCAUACCUAUGUCCCUGUUACUAAGAAGGGAUACUGGCAGUUUGAUAUGGGCGAUGUCUUGAUUGGAAGAAACUCCACAGGAUUAUGUAAAUCUGGUUGUGCAGCAAUAGUAGACUCCGGAACUUCGUUGCUUACUGGCCCCACGGCGAUAAUUACUGAGAUAAAUCAUAAACUUGGUGCACCUGGAAUAGUGAGCCAAGCAUGCAAGACCGUUGUUUCUCAGUAUGGGCGGCGGAUCCUGGAUUUGCUGCUAAAGCAGACGGAGCCAAAAAAGACAUGUGCCUUAGUCGAUUUAUGCCCCCUUGGUGGAUCUGAUGGUGUAAGCGCUGGUAUUCGAAGUGUCGUAGAAGAUGAUGGUGGGACAUCAGAAGGUGUUCUUUUGUGCAAGGCUUGUGAGCUGGCUGUUCAAUGGACGAUGAACCAAAUUGCUCAGAAUAACACUCAGGAUUCUAUAUUGCAGUACAUCAGUGAGCUAUGUGACCAUAUUCCUAACCCUAUGGGAGAGUCAUCCGUGGACUGCACAAAACUUGAAUCCUUGCCUGACGUCGCCUUCUCCAUCGGAGGCAAACAGUUUGUGCUAAAACCAGAACAAUACAUACUGAAGAUCGGUGAGGGUGAUGCUACCCAGUGCAUCAGUGGAUUCUCAGCUAUGGACGUUCCUCGUCCCCGCGGUCCUAUCUGGAUCUUGGGCGAUAUAUUUAUGGGAGCCUACCACACUGUCUUUGACUAUGGAAAAAUGAGGGUUGGGUUUGCCGAGGCAGCAUAGGUGGUGGCUGGAUGAGCCGCGGAAAACCAGUCCUUCAGGUCGGUUUGAUGGCGAUCGGCAAAGCAUGAAUAUGCAUAUAUGGCAUGUUGCUUAAUAAUGAGCGUGUGAUCGAACAUACUAAGCAUGUUUGUUAUCCUGGACAUUGAUGCAAUGCAGGCAGACUUUCAUCAUAAACUGUUGAAAUAUUGGACCCAUACAUAUUGGUCCAUACUUGAUUUCAGAUUUUCCUAUAAA